AUGUCAUCAGACAUCAUCAGCACUGCGGCAGGCAGAAACCAACCAGUCAUCGUGGUACGAGCAUGGACAGUGAGGCCUCAUUUGGACCAAACAUCCAUGAGACCUCGUCUACCCAACUACUGCAAUCGCUGCAUUCGUCGCCAAAUAGCAGACCAACCGGGCGAGAAACCGCCUGGUCAGGCUGAUCAAUGGCAGCAGGGCGCGACAAUUAUUCGACGGGUUCGGCAACGCCGCCCAGCGCGUGAGGCCAUCGUACCAUCCACUGUGGUGGUACAAACUUGA